UCUAUCAAUAUUGCUUUCAAGUAUUGCAUAAUCGUCCAAAUGCACCACCGUUCCGAACCCAACUGAGCUUUGUUGUGUUCAGUCCAUUUUGGGUUGUUUGUGCAAACCGCUAUUACCUGGAGCAUAUUUUUCUGCGGUCCCAGCCGGGGGCGCUCGGUGCUCGCUGCUUGCACUGUUUACCCGAAACAGGGGUAAAUCUUCCCUGGGAUUUCCAACAUGACAUCGCUGGCCACGGAAUAUGUCAAAACUGACGAUGGUACCCGUUUUAUCCCUGCGACUCAACGUCCUGAUGGCACAUGGCGUAAGCCUAGGAAAGUGAAAGAUGGCUACGUCCCUCAGGAAGAAGUUCCCCUGUAUGAGAGCAAAGGCAAGAUGUUCCAAAAUAAUAAGCCACAGUAUCCAGUGGGGCUCAGCCCAGAUCUGAUUGCUGCAGCUGAAGCAAGGAAGGCCGGCAACAAUCCUAUUCCCGGCUUAGUGAUCCAACCUCAAGAUGCUAAGACUGCCAAAAAGAAGAAGAAGAAGAAGGCUGGUCAGGGGGAAGAUUUGAGUGAGGCUAUGUCAAGAACAUCUCUUUCUGAAGCUUUGCUCUCUACAAACCACAUCACAUCAUCAGAGGCCGCAUCCCAGGACAAUGAGUGGAAAACCUUUACUGCUAAAGGAAAAAGCAAACGAGGAAAUCCAGUUCCGGAAGCUCCACCCAAAUCUAAAGCAAAUGCGGUUGGAAUUUCCCCACAAACAUCGAAGCCUGCACAGAAAGCUGCCCCGAAACCAGCACCAGCUCCAGUUGCCCAAACCCCUGCCAAGACUGAUACUGUGUCAGAUCCAGCUAAGCGCCUCAAGAACUUGCGCAAGAAAUUGAGGGAAAUUGAAACUGUAGAACAGAAAGCAGCUUCAGGAGUCAAAUUGGAAAAGGAUCAGCUUGAUAAAAUUGCUCGCAAAGCUGAAAUUUUGAAGGAGAUUGAAGAUUUAGAAUAGAUGUGAUUAUUAGUCUAUUACAUGGUUUGUAGAUUGUUUUUGGCUUUAUACUACUGUACUGCCAGGAGCACCUGAUUGAAAUUUACUCAAAUUAUUAGCUAUUUCAUGUUUUAAUAGCCUUACCUAAGAUUCUGUCUUCCCUUUCUCCUGUAGGAGUAAUCAGUCAUAGAUUUUACCAACCUGUUUUCUUUCCUCCAUCUUUGUUUCCCUCAUUUUAAUUUAUUUUUCUGGAAUGAAUUAUUGAAAAAUUUUAUUGAUCUCUGGACAUGGUUUUCUGUUGUGGUUGAAAAGUUUAAAUUUUAUGAUUUGACAAUGGAUGCAUUUAAUCUUAUGAGUAACAGUGCAUUUAACCAGGUUUUACAACUGGGUAGGCAUCAUUAUGCCUAUUUUCUAUCACAAUCUGUAAGUGCUACUCACAGAGUAAGUCACAAUGAUUAAAAGAAGUGCUAUGGUGAGGUACUUAAUACUAGUAGUUAAAUCAAUUUCAUGUACUAGUAAACCUCACCUUUCCUUCCCAGAAGAAAAUUCUUUUAAGGUAUGCAUGUUAAUUUAAUGGUAGUAGUAGUGUACAUAUUAAUGUUUCAAAUGAAUUGCAUGGAAUUUCAUGCCAAAUAUGAGAAAGUAAAAUUGGUACACAUCCUGGGCUUUGCACUAUUUUUGUAUCUGAGUGAAACUGAAACACCAAAUGUUUAUACUACCUUACCCUCAUAGAGGUCUAAAUGUGAUACAUACAUGGCUUGAGCGAGGAGGCAAUCAGAAUUUAAAUUUUCUUGCUCUGAGUGAGUGAGCUACAAAAUGUGAGCAAUAAAUGAAAUAGUGUACCUGAAAUUUAUACAUGGGUUUAGGUGAUGGCAUAGAAAACUACAUUUUACUUCAAAUAAUUGAAGCACCAAGUACAAUCACUAUUUAAGUAGACUGUAGCAAAACUGACUUGUAUUUAUUAUUAGCUUCUUCACUGAGUUGGCUUCUAGUAAUAUUCUUUAGAUCACUGAUGAUGCUUGAAAUUCGAGGUUGUUUUUGUAAUUAAUGUAUGUAGAUGAAUCAUGUGUUAUAUAUUCAGUUGUGUAGAUUGAAUGAACUGAAAUCUGUCCUCAUCAUGUAAGUUAUUGUCCGGUUUAAAUUUUACCUCCUUCUUAUUAGCCUUUCUGCCUAACCCCAGAUGUAUGUACUGUAUGCAUCUGUAUGUAUGAUUUUAUCUUUGAAGAACUGCUCUUGACUUAAGUGAAGAGAGGAUACUUACAGGCCAUCUCAAUGACUUGUCAUCAAAUGAAUCAUGUCAUCUAGCUUUUAAUUUACAGAAAGAACUUGAACAUAUUUCUGAGACUGAUUCUACCUCUUGUUGCAGCUGCUGACACAGGUGCAACAAUUAUAAUGUAAAAUGUCAUGGCUGCAUAGAAUAAAACCCUCUGAUAAAUUUGA